CUCAUCCACAAAACAUUAACAUAAAAGUCAACCUACUUUAGUUCAACACUUCACCAAAUAGCAAAGAAUAAUAACAAAACCACAGAGAAACAAACCCCUCAAUCCGAGAGAGAAAAAUGGCUUCAACAUUCACAAACUCAAGCAGUGUGUUCUGCCCAACAACAUUCCUUGGCCAGACUAAAAGCUCCAGCUUUAACCCUCUUCGUGAUGUUGUCUCUCUCGGCUCUCCCAAAUACAUUAUGGGAAAUGAUCUUUGGUAUGGACCAGACAGAGUGAAGUACUUAGGACCCUUUUCAGUCCAAACUCCGUCUUACCUCACCGGAGAGUUUCCCGGAGACUAUGGUUGGGACACUGCCGGUUUAUCCGCAGACCCUGAAGCCUUUGCCAAAAACAGAGCUCUUGAGGCUAUUGUAACCGGGAAAGGUCCUUUGGAGAAUCUCCUUGACCAUCUUGAUAAUCUUGUUGCUAACAUUAAUGCAUGGGCUUUUACAACAAAGUUUGUACCUGGAGCUUGAUUUGAUGUGAUCCUUUGAAAUGAUAUAAACAUAAUCUUUCUUGUGCC